AUGGACGAUCGUGCCGGCGUGCAGAGCGCAAAGAAGUUCAAAUGUCGCCAGCAAGACUGUCCGUACAGUUUUGCCAAAUCCGAGCAUCGCAAGCGCCAUGAACGGACACAUUCGGGGCACAAGCCUUUUGUUUGUGCCGCCUGCAAUCGCCAAUUUGCACGUAAGGACUCCCUCGGCCGGCACUUGCGACUGCACGCACCUUCGAACAUCAAGUCCAGCGCGAUCGAUCGACAGCUCCAUGCGAGCAGCAUUGCUGCCCACGGCGAGUUCGACCAGGGCGCCGACUCGACCGGUCCAGCUGCGCCCGUUCGUGUCGACGUCGCACUGCAUCAUGGCCAAGAUAGCAUCGCAGGCCCUUGGCCCCCUGCCAACACAAACAACGACACAUUCAUCGUUGAUCCCGUGUGGGCAGAGAUCCUUCAGCAGUUUCAGACAGAGCCUACGCUCUCUCAAGUGGAGACUCCCCUCAUGGCUACCGCACCGCUCGUAUCGCCCGACUGCUUGUCGCCCGCGCGCGAACAUCCUGCUGCGCCCAACCUCGUCAUCCAGAAAGCUUUGUCAUCGCUAAACACAACCAUUCAAUCGCUCUCGUGGGACCUUGGGACCGCUUGCGAAUCUCAGGGCGGGUCGCGUUUGGCUCCGGAUCUGAGAGAUUGUUUGGACAUCUUCCUUUCGCGCUUUCCGAGCAUCUUGCCCAUCAUCCACGAACCUACCUUCGAGCCCAGCCAGAACGCGCCUUCGACACUGCUGCUGAUGCUGGCUCUAGGCUCGAAUCUGCUUGCGUCGAAUGCUACCGUUCCCAGAGCCGACUCUUUAUGGUCGCUGGCUCAUGCUGGCACCAUCACAUCGUGGCCAACCAUGCUGACCAACCAGGGCUUCUAUGAUCCAUGUCCAGGUCUUCAGCUCAUUUUGACCGCUGUCUUCGGGCAGAUCUAUGCAUUCCUGUCUUCCAAACUCCGAUUACGCACCGCUGCUCAGGUUGUCCACCCCCUCGGCUUCCACUGGGCACGCCAGAGUUGCAUGUAUAACUAUCAUUACGACUUCGACGAGCAUGAUCCUUCUGUUCCCUUGGACACUGCUUGGAGAAAGUGGGCAGCCGCUGAGGUCCAGCUACGCGCUGUCCUGUCAUUGUACAUCCUCGAUGGUCAGAUUGCUCAAUUCUCAGGUACUUGCACUUCUAUCCGCCAUUCCAUAAACGCUUUGCCCAUGCCUGUUACGACUUCCAUCUUUGCUGCACCCGAUGCAACAACAUGGAAGGCCGAAAUGUCUUGCUCGCCUACUGUGAAGAGCAAUUUUCGCGACUUCAUAUCCGCUCUAUAUAAGAAUGAAUCCGAACUACCCACGCAACAUAUGUCUGCCUUCGCUAUCCGCGUGGUGCUAGAGUGUUUCCAAUCAUUUGCUUCGGAGCGACUCGAUGCCGGUGGCGAUGCCGUCGGUUCACCAUCGCAACAAGAUACAGCCGACGCCAUGAUCCGACUGUACCGUGCAUGUAUACAAGGAUCGGAGCAGCACCAUGAUCUGGCUCUCCGAUGGCAUUCCAUCCUUGGCUUCUCCGUAUACACCGACACCCAUGUGCUUUGCAACAAGUUGUGCACGCGCUACCGUGUCUCUCAACAACUGUGUAUGGUCAACAUCACCAAUCCUACGCAUACUGCGUGGCCUGACAUUGAGCCUUGGACGGAGAGCUAUGCAGGUCGUGCUUCGUUGAUUCAUGCCUUGAUGAUCUCCGACAAACUCAAGAGCCUUGCCUCCGAGCUCGCCAUUGGUAUACAUCUGCCUUUGUGCAUAUUCGCUGCCGCGCUCGUGAUGCUUGCUUACUUGAGCGCUGGCAGAGACAACAUCGCAGUACCAGAAGUCAUAGAUUGGCAAACUAGUGACGAGAUCUGUGACGGAAGCCUUGGUGUUCAUUCAGAAGCCACCAUCUGGGCGCGGACGGAAACCUUGCGGUUCUGCAACAAUAUAACGGACGGUGGGUGGAAGUUUCGGAAGCUUCGAGUCGAGCUUCAAGGCUUAAGAGUCCAGCUGAGAAUCUUAGGCACGACUUGGGGUGUCUGUGAACCCAUGGAGGCGACGUUGGAUUUGCUCACUAAAGCAGUGAUGUGA